CAGACAUAACGAAAAUGUAUAGAAUGAUAUUAAUCGCACCUGAAGAUAGAAGCUUGCAAAGAAUAUUAUGGAGAGAAAAUCCUAACGAUUCAGUUAAGGUUUUUGAGUUGAACACUGUAACGUACGGUACAGGUCCUGCUCCUUUCCUCGCUAUCAGGGCAUUGCAAGAAUCAGCAAAUAUUCAAGAAGAGAACUUGCCCAUAGGAGCUUAUCAUGUCAAAAAAUCGUUUUAUGUUGACGAUUUUUUGGGGAGAGCAGAUACGGUAGAAGAAGCAAGACAAGUUAAGAAAGAAGUUGAAGCAGUCACAUCCUCAAAUAAUUUCCUUUUAAGAAAAUGGGCGUCUAAUGACUCCACAAUUCUGAAGACAGGAGCUCAGCAAACCGAGCCUUUAUAUUUCAACGACAACAGAGAUAUUAAAGUGUUUGGAUUAGAGUGGCAUCCGGCAACAGACAUUUUCUGUUUCUCAGCAAGACACAAAGCAACUAGUGUGGUCACUAAGCGAAUAAUAUUAUCUGAAAUCUCCAAAUUAUUCGAUCCACUAGGAAUAGUCGGCUCAAUACUGGUAAGAGCGAAAAUGCUGAUUCAAGAUUUAUGGAAACUAAAACUAACUUGGGAUGAACCUGUACCUGAUGUUAUUAAAAAGAAAUGGAUGGAACUAGCAGACGAUCUAGCGAUGUUAACAGAAUUUUCAGUUCCAAGACAUGUGCAAAUCUCCAGGAGAACGAAAAAAUUAGUAUUUCAUGGAUUUGGUGAUGCGUCCAAAGGAGCAUAUGGAGCAUGCAUUUAUGUUGUAAGUUACAACGCUGAUUCGCCAACAUCUAUAUUACUCUGUUCAAAAUCACGAGUUGCCUCUUUGAAGUUGCUGACGAUACCUCGAUUAGAGCUAUUAGCAGCACUUUUAUUGGCAAGAUUAAUGAAAAGAGUGUUGUCGGCUGUAAACAAUCAUCCGCAUGAAAUUUUCUUAUGGUCAGAUUCUAUGGAUGUUCUGUAUUGGUUGCAAAAACCGCCAGACACCUGGCAUACGUUCGUGGCCAAUCGUGUCUCAGAAAUCCAAGCCUUUACAUCUGAAGUACAUGCAUCCUGGAAAUAUGUUCCAACCAAAGAAAAUCCAGCUGAUCUAAUAUCAAGAGGUGUUUCUUCAGCGAUGCUUAAAAAGUCUGAUCUAUGGAAGUCAGGCCCACACUGGCUUACGAGUGAUUCAAGGUUUUGGCCUAAGCAGUCCAUAAAUCCUCCAUCAAAUGGUCAAAGCGAAGAGAAAGUUGUACGAGUCUUUCUUGGAAUUCAGUCAUUUUUCUCAAGUUUAAAUGUCUUGCUGGAUAGAGUCUCUUCACUGUCAAAGCUGUUGCGAAUAGUGGCAUAUGUUUUAAGAUUUGUCAAUAAUGUUGGUCGAAAAAAUACAAAAAAUACAUCUCAGAUAUUAUUACCAGAGGAAUUGGAUAACGCUCAAGAUGUAUGUACAAAAUCAAUUCAGCAUCAAGUUUUCAAUCAAGAUAUCCAUGAUUUAAUGAGCCCACAAGGUGAACUGAGGGGUUCAAGCAGCAUAAAAACUUUAAAUCCGUUUAUGGACUCUAAAGGACUCCUGAGAGUUGGAGGAAGAUUGAAGAACUCUAAUCUGCCACUAGGAGAAAAACAUCCUGUUCUAUUGCCAGCACAUCAUAAAUUAACGGAACUUAUAAUUCGUGAAAAACACGAACGAUUAGGUCACGCUGCGCCUCAAGCGUUAUUAGCAAGUGUUAGACAGAGUUUCUGGCCGUUACAAGGGAAGCGAAUGGCACAAAAAAUUGCCGCAAGAUGCAUGACCUGUAUAAGGGCUAAACCCAAGCUGUCCUCCCAAAUGAUAGGUCAAUUGCCUUUAGAAAGAGUGGUUCCUGCGCCAGCGUUUACAUCAGGAGGUAUCGAUUUUGCUGGGCCAAUUAAGUUAAGAUCGUCACGUACUGCUAAAACGUCAAACAAAAAGGCAUAUCUGACACUGUUCGUCUGUUUUGUUACAAAAGCAGUGCACUUAGAACUUUGUCCUGACCUAUCCGCUGCAGGUUUUAUAGAUACGUUCAAAAGAUUUAUCUCCAGAAGAGGAAUACCCAGUCUUGUGUUCUCCGACAAUGCUAAAACCUUCGUUGCAGCUGAUUCUCACGUGCAAAGUUGUUUUGAUCAAUUUUUCAAAGAUUCAAGGGUAUUGAACUAUCUAGCUGUAGAGCGCAUAUAAAAUGGAGGUUUUCGCCACCAUACUCUCCUCACCAUGGUGGUCUCCAUGAAGCAGCAAUCAAGAGCUUUAAGUACCAUUUCAGAAGAAUUGUUUCCAACCACUUGCUAACGUAUGAUGAGGCUCAAACUAUUGUAACUCAAAUUGAGGCCAUAUUAAACUCAAGGCCACUAACUCCACUGUCAUCAAAUCCAAAUGAUCUAUCAGUCCUGACUCCUGGGCACUUCAUAAUUGGUAGACCAUUGACCAGCUUUCUUAGUAAUGCUAACUCUGCGUCACUGUCAGACACGGAAUUAGUCAAGAAGUAUUCUCAGCUCGGAAGAACAUUACAAUCAUUUUGGAACCGAUGGUCAACAGAAUACUUGCAAAAAUUGCAAGUUUUUCCAAAAUGGUACAAGAAAGAGAAACGUAUAAUGCCUGGAUCCCUUGUGCUAGUCAAGGUCAAGAACUUGCCCCCGCUGUGUUGGCCGUUUGCCAGAGUCCAUAAAGUGCAUCCAGGAAAAGAUGGGAUACCACGAGUGGUAACGCUUCGCACAAGCCAAGGAGACAUGAUUAGAGGAAUAACGGAACGAUGUGUCGUUCCUACUUUUGAGGAUACCUCAAAGGGGGGAGUGUGUUGAAACAGAUGCUAUGCUAAAUGGUCUCCGUGGCGACCACUUUUUCUCUUCAUCUUAACCUAAUAUAUAUG